GUAUUAUGGCCCACGGUAGUAAAUUCCAACAGCUCCACUAUCCUUUGGUAAACUAAUGUCCAAAGACUUUUGAAGCUUCCAGUCAACCAACCCCCUCUUGCUCUUGCUAUUGCUCUUGCUCUUGGUUUGAAUCUGAUUAGGUGCUCAAUCUUUCACAAACAUAUCCAUCUCUUUUCUUCCUAAUCGAUGGAGGUUGCAGGGAUCUUUCUGGGGCCGAUCAUUCAGGCGCUGCUUGACAAGUUGGUCUCUCCGGCGGUGUCAAACUAUGCCCGUCGUGAGGGAAUCGAUGCUCAGUUGAAGAAGUUGGAGAAAAUGUUGCCAGCUAUUCGUGCUGUUCUGGCUAACGCAGAGGACAAGCAAUUGGAAAAUAAUGCUGCUGUCAAAUUGUGGAUGGACGAGCUCACGGACUUGGCUUACGAUUUGGAUGAUUUGCUGGACGACUUGGCUACUCAAACUUUGGGACGAGAGCUGAUCAAGCCACAAUCUCAUGCUAGCACCAGUACUACUAGUAAGGUACGACAACUCAACCCUCUCAAGCUUUAUCAUAAUAUGAGGUCCAAAAAAGAUAUGAGGUCCAAGAUAGAGGACAUCACUAAAAGAUUAGAAGAUAUUGAAAAACAAAAGAGUAUCCUGAAAUUGAAAGAGAAUGCUGAAGUGAUUGGGUUCAAGACAACAAGAGGAGGUCGUGAAACGUCUUCUAUGGUCUACAAAUCUGAAGUUUAUGGCAGACAACAAGAUCAAGAGGCUAUAGUUGAGGAGUUGUUGAAGGGUGAAGUUAGUAGUGCUGACAAUGUCUCUGUCAUUCCCAUUGUGGGCAUGGGAGGUAUUGGUAAGACAACUCUCGCUCAGCUCGUCUAUAAUGAUGAACGUGUAAAGGGUCGUUUUGAUCUCAAGGCAUGGGUUUGUGUUUCUGAUGAUUUUCAUGCAUACGUUCAUCGGGUGACCAAGGCAAUUCUUGAGGCAAUUCUUGGGGAAGUCACUUUAAAAAUUGACGACUCCAAGUCUUUGGAUAUACUUCAACAGAAGUUAAAGGAGAAAUUGACAGGGAAGAAGUUUCUUCUUGUUUUGGAUGAUGUUUGGAGCGACAAGUAUGACGACUGGCAGCUCCUAAAACUUCCUUUUAAGGUUGGGGCACCUGGGAGCAAAAUUAUUGUCACAACUCGCAAUAAAAAGGUUGCAUCAACCAUGACUCUGUCUCAGCUGGCUUACCAACUAGAAGGUUUGUCCAAUGAUGAAUGUCUAUCUUUAUUUGCCCAUCAUGCACUCGAGAAAGAAAACUUUGAUGCAGAUCCAAGUCUAAAAGGAAUUGGUAUGGAAAUAGUGAGUAAAUGUAAUGGCUUGCCCUUGGCUGUAAAGACACUAGCAGGCCUCUGCCGGGAAAAACGCCAAAGUAGUGAGUGGGUAGACAUAUUGAAUAGCAAGAUAUGGAAUUUACCCGAACAAAGUGGUGGUAUUCUUCCAGCCCUUCAAUUGAGCUAUCAUCAUCUCCCAUCUCAUUUGAAGCAAUGCUUUGCCUACUGUGCAACAUUUCCAAAAGACCAUGAAUUUGACAAAGCUGAGCUAGUUCUAUUGUGGAUGGGCGUAGGUCUUUUGCAGCUAUCAAAAGAAAAGGAUCGAAUGGAGAAUUUUGGCAAUAAGUGUUUUGAUGAUCUUUUAUCAAGGUCAUUUUUUCAACAAUCUAGUAGUAGUAAAUCAUUGUUUGUGAUGCAUGACCGUCUACAUGAUCUAGCUAUACAUGUUGCUGGACAAAUAUCCGUUCGGUUGGAUAAGUUGGAGGGUAAUGAGCAAUUUGAAAUUCCUAAACGAGCUCGACACUUGUCAUUUGUUCGUCAAGAAUAUGAAGUCUUUCAAAAGUUCAGGCCUUUUUGCGAAGCUCAGCAUCUGCGAACUCUAUUAGCAUUACCACUAGUUCAGACAUAUCAUUGGGAAGAAUAUCACUUAGCAAACAAGGUUUUGUUUGAUUUAUUGCCAAAUUUGCAAUGCUUAAGGGUGUUAUCAUUGUCUGGUUAUUCCAUAACUAAGUUACCAGACUCAAUUGGCCAUAUGAAGCAUCUCAGGUAUCUUAAUUUGUCUAAGACUUUAAUUCGAUCGUUACCUGAAUCAGUCAGUGCUCUCUACAAUUUACAAACAUUGUUAUUGCGUGGUUGCAAAACUCUUUGUAUGUUUCCUCCAAACACUGAGAAUUUAAUUAAUCUGCGCCAUAUUGACAUUGUUGAUACUGUGGAAUUACGAGAGAUGUCCUCAGGUAUUGGUAGGCUGGAGAAUUUGCAAACACUACCAAAGUUUGUUGUGGGCAGCAAAAAUAAUGGGGCAAGACUGAAUGAGUUGGGGAAUCUGAGCCUUUUAAGGGGGAGUAUUUCUAUUGAAGAGUUGCAAAACAUAAAAGAUGUUCGAGAUGCAAAUGAGGCAAAUUUAAGGAACAAGGAGUGCCUUAAUGAAGUAGAGUUGGCAUGGUGUAGUGAGUUCAAUGAUUCUCGAGAUUAUUACCUCGAAUUGGAUGUGCUUGACACGCUGCAACCACACGUAAACUUGAAAAGGCUCAAAGUUAAGUUCUUCGGGGGCAGGGAAUUCCCAAGUUGGAUAGGCAAUCCAUCCUUUUCUGAAAUGGUGAACUUGAGUCUUAUAGGCUGUAGGAAAUGUAGAUCUUUACCACCACUCCAGCAACUACCCAAGCUCAGAGAGUUAUACAUUGAAGGCAUGCAUGAAGUGCAAAAUUUGGGGGAUGGACUUCCUUUUCCCUCACUGGAGAGGCUAAAAUUUGAGGACAUGCCAGCAUGGAAAGAAUGGUCUUUUUCUAUUUCCAUUGGUGUUGAAGAAUCUCGAAGUCAAUUCCCUUGCCUCCGUGAGCUCAGUUUGCGUGGUUGUCCCAAUUUGAUUACGGUUUCCCCUUUAAGGCUUCCCUCUCUUCAAAAAUUAUACUUGGAAGAGUGUGAGGAGGUGGUGCUAAAAAGUAUAGUUGGUGUGACCUCACUAACUAGCUUGGAAGUUGUGGAUAUUAGAGGACUGUCUCAGCUGGAGGAAGCAUUGGUGCAGUCUUUGGUAGCACUUGAAAGUCUAGUGUUCAAAAGAUGCAACCAGCUGAUGGCUUUGUGGCAAAAUGGCGGCGGGGUUGCACAGGAAAAUAAUCUUGUCCGUUUACAAAGACUGAGAGUUGAGUCGUGCCCCCAACUUGUUUCCUUUGGAGAAGAAUUAGAUGACGAAGGGCUGCCUUGCAUUAAUCUUCAGGAAUUGUAUCUAAGAGAUUGUGUGAACCUUGAGAAGAUGCCAAAUGAGCCGGAUAAGCUCACGUCUCUCACAUCUUUAGAGAUUAAUGGGUGUUCGAAACUUGUGUGCUUUCCGAAGGCAGGUGUCCUGCACAUGCUUAGAAGACUUGAGAUAAGAGAUUGCAAUGCAUUGAAGUCCGUGCCUGAAGGCAUAUCUGGUCUUAAAGAGUUGAAGAUUGAGAGAUGUUUAUCAUUGAGUUCCUGGCCCACUGAAAAUAUGUUACCCACCACUCUCAAGGAUCUUAGUAUUGUUGAUUGCGUGAAUUUGGAGGACUUUAACAUAAAUAAUAAUAUUAUGUCAUCACUUGAAACAUUAAGGAUCGAGAAAUGGCCAAAAGUUGGAAUGUUUGUUGGGGGUUGCGUAAAUAAUAACAAUUUUGCUAGUCUCAGAGAACUUCGUGUCGAGAAUUGCGAUGGUGUGGAGUCCUUGUCGUUCCCAGAAAGAGGCUUACCCAACCUCAGAGAACUUCAGGUCUGGAAUUGCGUGAAUCUGAGAUCCUUGCCUACCACCAACCAGAUUCUUCAAAACCUUGAAGACCUAUGGAUAUGGGGAUGUCCAAGUCUCGAGGCCUUUCCGGAAAGAGGCUGCUGCUUGUCCACCCCCAACUUGAGAUGGCUUCGGAUCCGGGGCUGCAAUAAUCUGAGGUGGUUGCCAAUUAAAAGCCUCGCAUCACUUGAAGACAUUAGCAUAUAUGAUUGUCCAUGUCUUGGGGAGUCUUUUAAUCAAGGCAAUGGGAACGGGAAUUUGCCCCCCAACCUUAUUCAUCUUAGUAUUGAGCGUUGCGGCAAACUGAAGCCCUUGUCAGAGUGGAGUAUGCACAGACUCACCUCUCUUCAAUCUCUAUGCAUUGCCGGUGGAUAUCCAGAGCUGGUCUCCUUUCCUCCUGAUGAUGACUACUGUCUAUUUCCUACAACUCUAACCCAUUUACGCAUUGUGGAUAUGCCGAAUCUGAAAUCCGUAUCAUUAAAGGGCCUCCAAAAUCUCACCUCUCUUCAAUCUCUAUGGAUCCAAGACUGCCCGAAUCUGAAAUCCAUAUCAUCAUCAUCAUCCAAGGGCAAGGGCAAGGGCGGUGGCCUCCAAAAUUUCACCUCUCUUCAAGAUCUAUUUAUCUACAAUUGCCCUAAGCUUCGAUCCUUACCAAAGGAAGGCCUGCCUGCCACGCAUUGUGGAUGUCCACUUCUUGAAAAACAGUGCCCAUAUCCCCUGCGUUGAAAUAAAUUUCAAUUUGCUCAGCUAGACUGAACCCCCUACUAUUCUAUAUUCUUCUGUAAGAAUAAUGGUCCACAAUUUUACAUUUAUGGAGUGCUUGUGAUUAAUUAAGUCACACUUUUCGGACUCAGGUUGGGAUGCUAAAUUGGUGAAUGAGUCGUACCCAUGGAUUGAGAAGCAAAUUGUUUACUGGCCAAAGCUUGGGCCAUUGCAGAGAGCGGUGAGGGACAGUCUUUUGGAAGUUGGGGUCUUACCCUUCAACGGAUUCACCUAUGAUCACAUAAGUGGACCAUUUUUGACAAGUUUGGUCGCCAUCACACAUAUGCAGAGCUUCUUGCUUCCGUAAUUUCUGAGAACCGUCAUGUUUUGAUUCAUGCUACAGGACAAAAGAUCAUAUUCAAUGUAACAGGGAAGAAACCAGUGGCCGUUGGAGUGAUCGUCAUGGAUGAAAAUGGGAAACAACAUUGAUAAUUUCUUGCAAAGAAGCCGAGCAGUGAGAUAAUAGUGUCGUGUGGAGCAAUUGGAAGCCCUCAGCUGCUGCUAUUCAGUGGCGUUGGACCUAAGGCUGACCUCAAGAAGAUGAACAUUUCAAUGGUGCUUGAUAAUGAGUCUGAUAACCCCUUGAACACUGUUUUUAUUCCCGCCAAUCGAUCUGUGGAGCAGACAUGGAUACAAACUGUAGGGAUUACCAAGAUGGUGUUGCGUUGAAGGUAUUCGUAUCGUGGAGAAGCUUGUGAGCUCCAAACACUUCACAAACUUCGCACUGUUUGAUAGACAAUCAGUGGCCAUGCCGCUCAACACAUUAAUGAAACAGGGUCAUUGGAGCAGUUUUGCAAAGAUACUGUGAUCACAAUUUGGCACUACCAUGGUGGGUGCCUAGUGGGCAAGGCACAUGGGAGUGAAGAUUUUAAGAGAGAUUAGGAAGAGCAGCUGGUUUAUAAAGACAGAUCAAGACCAAGUAAGGGCAGAUGCAUUUGUAUGUUGUGAUAGGGAAAAUGUAAUUUUCUUAGUGCAAUUGUAUGUAGAGAUAGGCUUGUCAACAAUCAAUAUCGGUGUUCUGUUCUUUUGUAUCUAUGGUUUGUAUAAGAACCAAAUUUUAUUUAUGAAGUCACCUGUUGGUCUUUUUGCUGAUUCA